AUGGCUAAGAAGAAAGGGGGCAAUAAUUUAAAGAAGACCAAAGAUGUAAAAAAUGCUAACCCUGUAAGAUACAAGAAAAUGGAAUUUGAGAAACUCUUCAAACUGCUUGACAAAAGUCCUAAGCAGGAAGCAGGCCCAAAAGUUAAGAAGGAAACCAAGAACAAGGAAAUGAUUGGUGAUACUGACAAACACCAAUCUGAAAUUAUACAUGAUAACCCCCUACAGCCCAUCUCACUAAAAGCAGUACAGGAUCAGAUCCAAGUUUCUGAUAUGCAGGAUCCUUGGAUACUAGCCCCACUGAGAAAGAAGCCCCACCAGAUGAAGAGAGCAAAAGAUUCCAACUGGAACUUAACACUGGAUCGUCAAAAGUUGGUUUUAGUGAAUUAUCCUAAGCCUGCAGGACUUUUCACCCAGUAUGAACGCAAACUGCACUUAAUGAUAAUCUUGGAUGCAGUUCUCCCAGGGCUGAUUACUUCAGAUAAUAUCGCCCACGUGGAAUAUUUAUACUAUAAUUACAUGCAUGCUCAUGCCGUGGUUACCUUCACUGAGUUGAAGAUGUUGGGUUUUAUUAUAGUAGCCUGUUUCUGCCAAGGAAUUUUCAGGACAGAAGCAUUCAAAAUUCCACAAGAACCUGUGACUACAUUGGAUCCUGAAUGCUUUUUGAAUGUUACUGAGAUUAUCCAUUAUCAUGGCUACCCAAGUGAGGAAUAUCAGGUUGAGACAGAAGAUGGAUAUAUACUCACAGUUGACAGAAUACCUCAUGGGAGAUAUAAUGAUGGAAACAAAGGUCCCCGGCCUGCUGUGCUUCUGCAACAUUGUGUGGUUGGAGAUGCUUCCCAAUGGAUUUCAAACCAGCCCAACAACAGUUUGGGUUUCAUACUAGCAGAUGCUGGAUAUGAUGUUUGGCUUGGGAACAGCAGAGGGAACUUGUGGUCUUCAAAACAUAAGACACUGGACCCAAAAAAGAAUGACUUCUGGAAAUUCAGUUUUCAUGAAAUGGGAUACUAUGACAUUCCAGCAGUCAUAUACUUCAUUCUGGAUAAAACCGGUCAGCAACAAUUAUCUUAUGUAGGCUAUUCUGAAGGCACAACAGUUGGUUUCAUAGCUUUCUCUUCUUGGCCAAAACUGGCAGAAAGAGUGAAAGUGUUUUUUGCGUUGGCACCCAUAACAACUGUAACAUUUGCUACAACCCCCUUGGUAAAAUUGGGACUACUUCCUCCAUCGUUAUUACGCGCUAUACUGGGCAACAAAGAACUGUUUCAGUUGCCUUUAUUUCUGAGAAAGCUGAUGGCUGCGGUUUGUAGUCAUCAACCUAAAUUGUGCGCUGGUGCAAUUAAUUUUUUGGCUGGAGAAAACAUUGCCAAUUUAAACAUGAGCCGAAUUGACAUGUAUACAGCACAUUUUCCUGCUGGAACAUCUAUACAAAAUGGCCUUCAUUGGCACCAGCUAUUAAAUGGAAAGGUGUUCCGAGCAUAUGACCAUGGCUCUGAGGAAAAGAAUAUGGCAAAGUACAAUCAGAUCACCCCUCCUUUAUAUAAAGUGGAAGACAUGACUGUACCAACUGCAGUGUGGUCUGGAGGAAAUGACCUGUUUUCAGACCCAAAAGAUGUUUCUCUAUUACUCCCGCAAAUCAAAAAUCUGGUUUCGUAUACAUUAGUCCCAGAAUGGGCUCACCUAGAUUUCAUCUGGGGUCUGGAUGCCCCUCAGCGCAUGUAUAAUGAAAUAAUCUAUCUGAUGAAGCAACAUGCAUAAUCCAGCACAAAAAGGUGGCAGAAUUGAACAGCAGCUGAGUGAUCUGCCAUACUAGCAGAAGUUU